CAGUGUAUAACAACAAGUGCACACCGUAAAAUGUGUGAUUGAUGGUUGUUUUGAUACCAAACCUCGCCGGAGCACCAGCAAUCGGGGGCUCUCUUACCUAAAGCAGCAAUCUAAAGUACGAAAGUACCUUGCGAUUUUCGAGCAGCCACACGGGACAGCUAGUGCAGUGCCAAGCUAGUGCAAUUCGCAAUACACACUUUCUCAACCUCAGGUGUCUCAGGUGAGGUACCUUCUUCAGAUUGUUUCGGAAUUACCGGCCAACAUAGAGUGGAUUUAAGCUGAUGUUCGAAUUUGCAGUUGUUUGUGCGAUGAUUUGUUAGUGCCCAGCUUGUUGGAGCUGUCUCCUCGGGUAUUUGCCGCUGGACCAGUGUAUACAUAUUAAUUAUCACGAUGUCAACAUUCUUCACUACCAACCGGCACGGCUACAGCGUACGCUUCUCGCCCUUCAAUCCGGACCAGUUUGUGGUGGCUUCUAGUCAGUUCUAUGGUCUGGCCGGCGGAGGCACACUGUACUUUCUGGAACUAUCCGGUGACGGUGGAGGGAUCGUGGAAAAGCGAACCCACAGCUGGACCGACGGACUGUUUGAUGUGACAUGGUCCGAAUCGAACCAGGAAAUCGUCGUUUCCGGCUCCGGUGACGGGAGCGUGCAGCUGUGGAACCUUAAUCUUAGUGCCAACAAUGGACCACCGCAGAUGGUCUAUCGGGAGCACAAGAAGGAGAUUUACAGCGUCGACUGGAGCAAGGUACCGUACGAGCAGCUGUUUAUCAGUGCCAGCUGGGACAGUACGGUGAAGAUUUGGGAUCCCAUUCGAAACCACUCGCUCAGCACCUACAUCGGGCACAGCCAGCUGGUGUACAACGCGGUGUUUGCGGCCCACAUCCCGAACACGUUCGCCAGCGUCAGCGGCGAUGGGAUGCUAAAAAUUUGGGAUAUUCUGUGCUAUGAUUUACCGAUUGCCAGCAUUAAAGCUCACGAGGGAGAGGUUCUAACGGUUGACUGGUGUAAGCAUGAUUCGAAUGUCCUAGCCACGGGUGCUUCGGAUGGUUUGAUUCGGGUAUGGGAUCUGCGAAACUUUGGCAUCCCACUGGCCGAGUUGAAGGGCAACGAGUUUGCCGUAAGAAAAGUACAAUUUUCACCCCACAACUUGUCGGUGCUGGCCAGCGUCGGUUACGAUUUCACCACUCGCAUCUGGGAUUUCAAGAAGAGCAACGAGGCACUGGAAACGAUUAAGCAUCACUCGGAGUUUACCUACGGAUUGGACUGGAACCGGCGCCGUCAGAAUCAGCUGGCCGAUUGUGGCUGGGAUUCGUUGGUGCAUGUUUUCAAACCGGAUUGCCUUGCUGACAAAAUUUAAACGGUGCGCCGUUCGGCGACAGAUCGAUAAAUUGCAAAAAAAAACAAACAAAAUUAUAUUCAAGAUUAGGGCAGAGUAAAAUUAAACCAAAUUGUGAUUUAGGAAGUAAGUAGUCUAAAAGAACUAUUGGACAAAAACUAUUUUAUCGACAGAAGAUAAGCAACUAAAAAAAUGCAUUGUGUAAUAGCUAUGUUUCGAUGUAAUUGGAGUCCAAGGCUAAAUUUAAUCAAUUGUACAGGAGGCAAGGAUGGUAGAUGUACGACGCACAGACGGAAAGGUUUGCACGAGUGAACCUUUCAAAGAGAGAGAAAGAGUCA